UUAUUCUCUCUCUCUCUCUUUCUGUUUUUUUUUUCUUUCUUUAUUGUCCUGGUUAUUUUUUUUUAAAAAAAAAAUGCCUCAUUUACUGAAAUUCUCAGCACUAUUGAUAUUGUCUCAAUUCGUGUUUCUAUCGCAUCAAUUACAACAAUGUUUAGGCACAAUUAAGCAAUCCAACAGCGAUUAUACGUUUGCUCUAGCUCACGUAGACGACUUUCAUAACCCUCUUUCUGUUCAAGAAGCCUGCUAUUAUAGCUGUGGUGCUCAAGUGGUCACUCAAUCCUCAAACAGAGGUGAUAUGUCCCGUCUUACACUCAUGGAUAAUGCUGCACAGCUUUUAACAGCCACCGGAUUUCUGACGGUCGGCGAAAGCUAUUUUUUGAACCAUCUAGGUAUGGAAGACAAUGAAGGAGGAAAUGGUAUUGGGUGUAUACAAGUGAAGCCGUAAGUAAACACAUAAUUGAAGAAUAGAGCAAAGAAUGUAAACGAUUAUAUGUUUAGUGGCAAUCGAAUCAAUCACUUUCCAAAAAGUCACGCCGUAUGUGCAAUGGCAAAAGCUGCAGUAUGUGGAUUUUGGGGCCAGGUAAAAAUGAAAUUUUUUUUAUUGCUGCAUGAGGACGGGAAUGGUUAAUCACUAGAGUCACUUUAGCAAUCCAUUCCGGCCACACCAAGUGGCAUGUUACCCGUCACAGUCGCGCCACAACCCACUCCAAGCACUCCACCUACAGUGGCAGGACCUCCUCCACC